AUGCCACGAUCCCGGGCAACCAAGAAGGGAGGUAAACGGGUUCUUCAAAAGGCCCGAAAGACGAACCAGACCGAGCCUGGAGAAGAUCCAGCUGAAGCAUCUCUGGGUGUGCCGUCAUCGACCAGCUUUAGAGAGCGAUUAUCCAAUAUAUUUGGAAAACCGUCGCUCUCGCUGCGAGGAAGAAAGAAGAUUGGCCGGGACAGCGAUUCCAACGACUCUAACAGCAAGGACGGCAAGGACAAGGCCCAGCUCAGCAGUCUCCUCAGGCGGACUAUAAAAGGUCUGGGGAGACCGUUGGUUGGACCGCUCGUAGGGCUGCCAAGGGAGAAAUGGCAAUGCGCCAAGUGCCGGGCGACCUGCCAUUUGGCCGCCGGCACGGGCGAGGGUCUGCUCAGGCGCUGGUUCUGGCAAUUACUCGGGACUCUCGGCGCAGCACUGACGGGUCGGCGCCGGGCGGCGGCGACGGCAGGGACGGGACUGCUCGAGGCCAAGUACCAAGGCCUGGAGUUUCAAGUGGCCGAAGCCAUGCACAAAUUUGGCAAACGUAUGGAGAACUUGGCAAGUUGUAUUCAAGACGGCGCUACUGAGAGGAAGGGGCGGAUUGAAAGGAAGAGGCGGAAGAAACAGGAGCGCGACCGGCAGAAGGCUGAACGUCUUGAACUGGAACUCUGUGAACCGGCUGUUGACUAG